AUGAAUCGUGAGCUUCCAGAAAAUUACAGGAUUCUGUACAGGCCCUUCGACAUGAAAAACCACGCAAAGUCGAAUCCCACGAUCUACGAGGUUUUCGCACGCCUGGCGGAGUCUGUGGUGACAAGGGUCGGCUUCUUCCACACGAAAACAGGAUUGCAGGGCCGACCGGAGAGGCUGCAGAACGGCAUGGUUCGCACGAAUUGUGUGGACUGCUUGGACCGUACCAACGUUUUGCAGUUCUUUGUGGGCCUGGAGGUUUUGAAGCAGCAGCUGACGGCAAUGUGCUUGCUUCCCGAGCCGAAAAUGGACUUUGAAAGCCAGGCAGUUUUCGUGUUGAGCGAGCUUUACGAUGUCAUGGGCGACCACCUUGCCUUGCAGUAUGCUGGAUCUGUCGCCCACAAAAAGUACCAGCUUCUGGGAAGCCGUCCGCGCAUGAUGACAAGCUCGAAAGAGCUGCUGACGUCUAUCCAUCGCCACUACAACAACUCCUUCACCGAUCGCGAAAAGCAGGCAUGCUUGAACCUUUUCUUGGGCCUGUACCAACCAGCAAUCCAUCCAUCCAUGGAGAAGCUCGAUUGCGACUCCUGGGUUCACCACAAAGUCCUUAAGGAUGACUACAGCCCUGGAGAAUGGUGGGUUGAGCCGCUGCAGAAGCAUCGCCAGAAUUUGCUUCCGCUGAUAUCGAAGGAUCCUGAGUACAACAUCAGACUCACGCAAGAAGGAUUGCAGGAAUGGUUCUGCCAGGUGCACAAGGCUGAAAAGUAUACCUGGUUCGAGAAGCUGCUCGCGAAUUCCGACGCAACUUUUGUGCAGAUCAAUCCCGCAAGUCGCCCAUUGCGGACGGUGGGGCCUUACAAGAAAUAUUUGGAGCGCAAGCAGAAGGAAGCGAAGCACAGCGAAGCGCCUCUCUCAAAGCCAAGUUUUUCCCUUCAGCCGAUGUCGACGGAGGAAAGGGAGGUUUACCAGACUUAUGUCGACACCAAGCAGCUCAGCCGUUUGAUGUGGCUAGAGAGUACAGCAACUGACCAGGUGCCCUCGUGCAUUUUGCCAGCCUUCGAUGCCUUGAAGGGCGAACAGCCAUCGCCUGCCGUGUCAAGAUCAAGGCAGCUGAUGGCACAUGAGGUCGCUCAAGCGGCCGGCAAUCUCGGUGAAGAACUGGCGCAGCUUGUUCAGAUAAAGCUUCACGAGCAAGGCCGGAGCAGGAGCGAGGCCGUCUUGCCCGAGACAGAGCGACCAGAAAAGACACCUUUCUUUUUUCUUUUGAAGAAGAAAGCCCGCGAGAAAGUGCAGAGCAAGCAGAGGGUGCGCGAGCAAGGCCACGUAGGCCGGAUGGCAGAUGCAGGCAGGUCGACGACGGCCUCCAGGUUGCACAUGCAACUUGGAAGGAAGAGGUGGAUGCUUUGCAGCUACUGCGGGAAGGCUUGCGAGGCACCGAUGUCAGAGCUGUCCGACAUGCAGAAUCAG